AUGCUUAAAGAAACUGUGCCACGCAAACCAGUUCUCAGCACAAACUACUUAUGCAAGAAUCUUCACGAGUGUAAAUCCAAGAAUAAAUCAAGAACCCACGCAGAAACCAAGACUCCCAAGAAGCACCCACGGAGAAGCCACGGGGAACCAAAGAAGCGCCACAGAAGCAACAAGAUUAAUCCAAGAAGUAUCCACACGGGGAUCCCACGAAAACCCAAGGAGAACCCAGAAACCCAAGAGGAACCCAGGAGGAACCCACGAAGCACCAAAAAGGAACCCACAAAGACCCGAAAAGAACCCACGAAGCCCAAGAGGAACCCAUGGAGCACGUAUAAGGAAGCCACCAAGAACCAACAAUACCACGAAGUCAAAGAGGAACCCACAAAGAACCCAAAAAGAACCCACGAACCCCAAGAAGACCCAAAAGAACCCACGAACCCCAAGAGGAAUCCCUAA